CAGUAAGAGAUCGCUGUGUUUCUGACCUGUCUUUGUUUAAUGAGACAAAUCAUUGAAUAGUUUGGAAUGACUUUAUUUGCUGGAGGAUCAUAAAUGAUUUAGUGUUCACCUUGUGCGGGGAGCUGUAAUAACGGCUGGUGCUCUGACAUUUGUUACAGUUGCUGGCAGCUCCAAACAAGAGCUGAUUCUUCCCUGCAAUCAGAGCCAAAAAUCUCUGGUACGUCAAAAUAUCCUGGCCAUCAAUCAGCGAGCCGUCUUGCACCUUCUGAAAUCUAUAAUCCGACAAAUUUCAAACGGCCAGAUUGGACUCAGGACCAUUUCACUCUGAAACUGCCCUGACUUUUGGUCACAGAGGAAGUCAAAGGUGGGCUUGACAAGGGUUAGCCAGGACUCUUGUGAAGUCUGGGCCACUCUUUCGCCAUUCCCUUCCAGCUUGCCCCUGAUCUCUGAGAGACUGACGCAACAUGUGUUGAAAGCUGGCUUUGGACCAAGCCUGGAUCGAGCACUUAAUGUUAGCUCGGGUAUGACUGGCCAGGGGGACGAGUCCAUCGAGUGGCUCACAGUUUCCUACCGGAGACAGCAGCUUGCACGGUCGAUGGGGAGCUUCAGGGCGAUACGGAGAUGCCAUCGAGCCCCGGUUUGCUGAGGGACAGCAAGGCAGGCGAUGGGGAACCCGGAGGAGACGCUGGUCACCCUUGUAGGGGGAGCGCCCUGGGGCUUCAGGCUCCGAGGAGGUUCCCAGCAACACCAGCCGCUGCAAGUGGCCAAGGUCCGGAAGCGAGGCAAAGCGUGUCGGGCUGGACUGCGGGAAAAUGAUCUCCUGUUAACCAUCAACGGGAAAUCCUGCAACGGAAUAUCACACAGAGAUGCGAUGAAUAUCAUUGACUCUUCCAACGGAACCUUGCACAUCUGGGUUAAGAGAGUUCCCAGCAACGGCUUGCAGCCGGAGUCCAGCCUCCAGGUCACCUCCCCCUGCCCCUGGAGCCAAGAAUCUUCAAAAGCCGGUGUCCGAGCCCCGGAGCCCCGCACUCCGAGCCACAAACCCGAGAACCGGGGUCAGCGCCGGAGCUACACGUCGCCGGCGGAAAGUGAGGCUUAUUACGGCGAGACCGACAGCGACGCGGAUUACUCGGCGGGGGAGAAACAGCGGAGGCAGAGGCGGAAAUGUCCCGGCGCCGCACCCCGCUCCAACCACAGCAUCCCGCUGGUCAGCUCGGCCGAUGAGACCUCGGAGCUCAGCGAGUACGACAGCGCCCCCGAGCCCCCCCCAGGAGCCAGCCCCGGACGCCUGGAUCCCAGAGGUGGCCAGCUCCCCCCGGAUCCUCAGGCCAGCUUCCCCCGCAGCAGCAGCAGGCAAGUCAUGUUCCAGCCCAGGAGAGUGGAAGCCAAGGUCAACAUUUGGCAGCCUAAGCUGGAGGGCACAGCACAACCCGAGCCUGGCACUGUGACUGAGGCCAAGGUCAGUGCCAGGCAGAACCCUGGCACCAGCUCCCCCAUCGUCAUCUGGCCAACCCAAACCAGCACUGAGGACACUACCAGCCGACAGGGCAUCCUGGGCACUUCGGAGGCUGACAGUGGGUUCCAGGAGGUACCUGGCCACACUGUGUCUCCAGAACAGAAGCUGCUCCCCACUCCAAGCCAGCCCAGCCUGAGAGACACACAAAUGGUCCCCAUGGUGGGGCCUGUGAGCAAUCCAGUGGCUGAAAUUCUGACCACUACUUACAAAGAGAAGGCCAAACAAGCCAAGCUUCAUCGCAGUGAGAGUAUGCAGGAAAAGCAAGUGAAGGAAGCCAGGACAAAAUGCAAAACCAUUGCAUCGCUCCUCACCUCUGCGCCCAACCCCCACUCAAAGGGAGUGCUUAUGUUUAAGAAACGCCGUCAAAGAGCAAAAAAAUAUACCCUGGUUAGUUAUGGAAGUGUAGAUGAGGAAAAGCAGAAUAUCGAUGAGGACGGUGAAUUGCUGCCGACUAGUGAGUCUGAGUUUGAUGAAGAGGCAUUUUCUGAUGCAAAAAGCUUAACGAAUCAGUCAACGGGAUCAGAUUGGGAUGGUUCUUACCUGGACAUGGAAAAGUCCAAAUCUGAGUCCCAGGGUUUAAAUGAAACCAAGGGGAAGGGUGUAAUGCUAUUUGAACACCAGAGACAACUAGCAGGGGAAUAUAUCGUGGAGGAGUCUCCUAUUCAGAGGCAACACAGUCUCCAAAUGAAACCAAAGCCAGAGGCUGAAGUGAGGAACUACAAUUUGAUGAAUGGAGAGAGUACCUGGCCCAGCAAUUCAGAUGUAUGCCGUGGAACACCUGCCUCUGAUCCUUUAAAAAGCUAUGCAGAAACAAACCUUUCUGCAGCAGUGCGUGCAGAGCCCACAUUACACGUGAUGAGGCAGAGUGAACAGCAUCAUACUCAGCACUUUAUACCAGGAACCUCCUUUGUAUCCAGUGUAACAAAUAGGACUGCGAGGCCAUUCACGCCAGGUUUUCAGCAAAGCCGAGCAGCACCAACAUAUUCUGUCUCUGCCCCAGUUCCAUUCAGGAAAAGUACAGCUCAUGUGAUGUCUCAGGAUCAAGAUACUGGGCAAAACAAACUUACAAUGCCUUUCACACCACCAUCAGAGGUAGUCUCUUUGCCAACUGUGAAUCCUAAAAGCCAACCUGUGACAGCAAAGGAAACUGGAGCCUUGAAAAGCAUGGGGCUUCUUUAUUCACCAGGACCCAUGUUGAUGACAUCACCACCACCACCACCGAUAGUGACGUCACCGCCACCGGCUGUGAUGUCACCACCGUCUAUGACAUCUCCACCUCCAGCCAUGAUUUCACCACCCCCUGUGAUGUCACCACCCCACACUGCGAUGUCACAACCCCAUGCGACAUCACCACAUCUUGUGAUGUCACCACACCUUAUGAUGUCACCAACCCACACUGUGAAGUCACCACCCCUCGUGACAUCACCACAUCCUGGCGUAAUGUCACCACCCAUCAUGAUGUCACCACCUCCCACCGUGGUGUCACCACCACCUACAGCAGUACCAUCUUCACUGCCUGUAACAAAUCCUUAUUCACCACCCCAGGCUGCAGUCACCAGCACUGCCAAAUUCCAUCUAUCUUCAGCAUUGUCCCCACAGAAACAGACUGAGCCUGCUGCUGCUAUUAAUGCAAACUUCCAAGCUCCCUCAAUUGGUAGCACCUCAACAACAGCAUGGUCAACCAAUUUGCAAUCAGAGAAUCUGGCUACGAGAGAGCAAAGAAUUGCAAUCCCAGCCUCUAAAACAGGCAUCUUGCAAGAGGCUCGCAGGAGAAGCACAAGGAAGCCAAUGUUUACAAAGACUGAACAGGUAAAAGCUUCACCAAACCCUGAACUUCUUUCCUUGGUUCAAAAUCUGGAUGAAAAGAAACCAGAUCAUUCAGGGGCUGGAUUUGAGUCAGGCCCUGAAGAAGACUUCUUGAGUCUUGGUGCUGAAGCAUCAAAUUUUAUGCAGUCCCAGAUGCGUAGGCAAAAGGUCCCCCCUCCUGUCGCACCAAAACCUUCCUUAAAGCCCCAGUUAAUAGACAAUGGUUCUCCACUUGUGAAUGGAAAUACUACGUCCGGGUCUCUCCAAUUGAAAGGAAAGGGGGCUGAACUCUUCGCUAAGAGACAAAGCCGUAUGGAUAAGUUUGUUGUGGAAUCAGUGCCUAAUUAUACUUCACAGGCAAGAGGACCAUCUCCCACCCCUUCACUUCCCUCUACAUGGAAAUAUUCUCCUAAUAUCCGGGCUCCACCUCCUAUUGGUUACAACCCCAUGCAUUCCCCAUCAUAUCCACCAGCAGCCAGCAGAUCACAUAGAGCAACAUCAGCCACCAAGCCUGAGAGAAAGUGGAAACCAGCAGGGAACCAAAAGGUAGGAAUACAAGCCAUUGAUUUCAUGAGACAUCAGCCAUAUCAAUUAAAUCCAGCCAUGUUCAGCUUUGAUGAAUCCAACUUGGGGACACAGAGUUUACCAAGAAAUACUCCACUGAGACAAACCGGUCAGCAAUCCUUCAUCUCGACAAAACAUGUUCCUGUGAAGACAACAAGAACCUGUGAGAUUCGUCGUUUCUCAACACCAUUGCCUACUGUUACUCCCACUGUUGUUGCCCCAAGAUCAGCCACAACUCUUGCUGAGCCAGUGUGGAUGUCCACUCCUCCUUCCCCACCACCAGCACCAGUCAAAAUAUCCAGCUUCAAUAUACCCGCUCCUCAAACCUCCAAAGUAAACAGAAAGGCACCGGAAGGAAGCCAGGAAGUAACCUCUGAAACUUCAGUGCUUAAUUUGUCACCUAACGAAGAUGUUCAAAUGCAAAAGAAAACAACACAUCAUGCCCCCAGGCCGAGGUUCUCAGCCGUAAGAGGAGGAAUGAGUACUCACACAUGGAGACCUGGGUCAUUCUAAUAAUAAAAUAUGUUUACAGUCAUCAUGAUUCUUAGUGACAGUUGAAAGACUCUCACGUCAAGAGGACUUGCAUCUCAAAAUGGAAGAAAUCACUUGUAUUUACGUAGCACUAUUCAUGACCCAGUCUGUUACAAAGUGCCUUUUUGCCAAUGAAAUUCUUUUCGAAUUAUGGUCACUGUUUCGGCAGAGGAGACACUGCAGCCAAUUUGUACACAGUUAACUCCCACAAACAGCAGUGAAAUAAAUGCCAGAUCAUCUGUUUUCACUGUUGAUUGAGGGACACAUCUUGGCCAGAACACCACCUCUGCUUCUCUGCUCCUUGACUAGUGCCAUGUGACAUUUUACAUCUUCUCAAGGGGGUUUGUUUUAUUGCCUCAUCUGAAAGACAGUGCCUCAGCUCUGCUUGGAUUCAGUUCUCAACUCAAGACACAAGUUUGUGUCAAAAAUGCAACUCACUGACCCCAAGGAAGUGCUACAGUACAUUUGAGUACUUUAACUAUCAACAUAAAGCCAUGCAAAGAGUUUAAUGAUGUGCUGCUGAGUCAAGGAGAAAUAUGGCUUGUAACAUGUUAAUUGUUUCUGGACGCAUCAUGUUUUUAAAGAGUUUUUAAAGACAUCAGAGUAAAUUACUAUUACACUGACGUCCCAAUGCUUUGUAAUUAUUUACUAGAUCUUUCUAUAGAUUUCGGAUCAAUAAACCAUGACCAUUCAAAGUUGAACAGAAAUGAAUAACAGAAGGCAGUGACGACAUCCUGAGUACAAUAACUUAUUCGUGGAACACAUUUCCCUGCUUUACCGUUGGCAUGUAGUCUACCUAACACCUCAGCAUUGCUAUCUCUUUGAAUGAUCCUCUUUAAAAACAUCUAGCAUCCCUAUUCUGUUGUGUGACAUGACUGAAUAUGUUUUAAAUGUUAAAACUGCCAAAGUAAUGCAAAAGAACAUGAAGACUCUUCAAGGAAUCCUUGAAUUUGAAUUGUCUAUGACAGUUGCCACAAAUAUCAGCUCACAUUCAAAUGUUCCAAUCUAUCAGUCAUCACAGUAUAUCUCAGUAAUAAUUCUCAUCAUCUAGCAAUAGCUUUGGAUCAUUCUUGUCAUGCAGUGUGCUAUAGUUGUGCCAAUGAUUUGGUGAAAAAAUAUCAGAUGAGAAUUUCCCAGAGACUCCUGGGAAUAAAAUAACGAUAGAAGUGCGUAACUGGAGAUGCUGGGAUGCUGGACAGAUGUAUCUAUAAGGCACAAACCUACAUUAUUCCAAAUACUAACUGAACUUAUUGUCCAUUUAGGCUCCUGUUUCCAAGGUUUAAUAUUUUACUUCAGCAGCCGAAGUAAGAAAAAAUGACUGCAUUGACAAUGUCUUGCCAUCUCCAAACAAGCAGCAUUGAACUUGUACUUCUUAAUUGUGCUCAUAAUGUUUAGUACCAACUGCUGCAAUGUUUUAACACUCGCACGGGAUGCCUGAUGCGGGCAAUUUUUGAUGCUGUUUAAUUGGAGCAAAGACUCCCAUUGGAGUCUCAAGUCAUCAGACCAGAUAUAACACCAAGCAGGUUGACAGUGCAGCACAACUCAUCAAUUCCACCAUGUCAAGCAACAGGAGCCACUUCAUUGUGUGAAAGGUUUUGAGGCAUUUCAGUGGGGUAAAUGCUAGAUUCAUACAAGUGCGUUAUUUAUUAAAACCAAAUGAUUUGUCCUGAAUUAUCUUCAGAAGUGGCUUUAGCUUUGUUAAAUAUUGAAAAUGAACUGCAGAUCUCAUUAGAAGAAAAUGAACUCGCUCUUGAAAGAAACUCCUUUCUGAGAUGUUCAGAAUAAGACUGGAGUGUGAAUAUGGAAUAAUCUUGAAUGACUGAUAAAAAUGGAUGAUUGUGUACAUUCUAUAUUCCUUGCAUUAACCAUUGAGAUGAACAAGAAAUAUGUGGAUAGAAUGGGAUGCAAUCAGUGACAAUGGAUAGAAAUGGUAGGGGAUUGACAGGAAAUGUCGGAAAGAUUGGGUCAGAUGAGAUGUUGUUUCUGUAUGUGGUGAAGGAAGCAGAGUAAAUGGAGCCUGAGAAGAUCUCAAUGAUCUGUGCUGGUUUGAGCUAUAAAGUCUAAUAUUGCAAGGGUAAUUAGUUUGCAAUAUUUUCUUCACAAUAUGAUUAUGACUUACUGACCAAUCACUGAGCUCCUGAGGAAUUGUGAAUGUUCAGUCGUGAAAAUCUUGACUUUUACUUGACAUUUCAACACAGCACCCAAGUGCCUUAAUAAUUAAUGUUGCCAAAGUAUUUGUUCACCUGCUUUAGAAAAAAUAUUUAGGUUUUGGAAUGGAAAGUUUCAAAAUGGCUUGUAAUAUUGAUCCAAACUGAAGAGUAGACUUUGUUUUUGCUGUGUGAAGCUGCUGCUGUUCGUAAACCUUAAAGCUUACAUAUUUUCACCUUUUCAUUAACCACAAUCCUGCAUUUAGCGAUGAAGAAACAGCACUCAGGAGAUUGCAAUUAACCAUUUUAAAACAAAACUGUGCUGCUUGCCCACUUUGCAUAUUUGACUGUGCAUCAACCUCAAUAAUGAAGUGAUAAUUUUACUUAGCUAUGAAGUAGUUCUAAUUCAAUCAAUGACGCUACAAGAUACAGUAAAUCUGAAAUAAAAGCAGAAAAUGCUGUAAAUACAGGUCAGGCAGAAUCUAUGGAAAGACAUUAGGACUCCUGUAGCAACUCCCCAAAACCUGUCCACUUUCUACAAGUCAAUGGGGAAUACUCCCACUUUCCUGGAUAAUAGCAGCUCUGAUAACACUAGAGAAGCUCGACACCAUACAUUGCAAAGCAAUCUGCUUGAUUGCCACCACAUCUAUAAACAUUCACUUCACCUGCCACUGACCCUCAGUGGCAGCAAUGUGUACCAUCUACAAGAUGCACUGCAGAAUUUCAUCAAGGCUCCUUCAACAUCUUCCAACUCUUGGUCACUACAAUUGAAAAGGACAAAGGCAGUAGAUAAAUUUGGUGGCUUAGUGGUUAGCAAUACUGUCUCACCUGCAUCAGUGACCUGGGUUUGAUUCCAGCGUCAGACGACUGUCUGUGUAGAAUUUGUGCAUUCUCCCAGUGUCUGCAUGGGCUUCUUCCCACAGUCCAAAGAACGUGCAGGUUAGGUGGACUAGCCGUGCUGUUUUGCUCAUAGCAUGGGAAAUGCAGGGUCACAGGGAGAGAUUAGAGUAGGGUCGGGGUAGAAGCUCUUCAGAGGAUCGCUGUGGACUUGAUGGGCUGAAUGGCCUGCUUCCACAUUGUAGGGAUUCUAUGAAAUUGGAACACUAUCAUCUGCAUGUUCGCUUCCAGAGCACUCACUGUCCUGACUUCCAAAGAAGCUGUUCCUUCAGUGCUGAUAGUUCAAAAUCCAGGAACUGAAUCCAUAACAGUACUGUGGGUUUACUUGCAGCACAUAGAUUGCAGCACUUCAACCGCAACUAGAGGUGGGCAAUAAGUGCUGGCUUGGCCAUGUUCCAGCAGGAAAUAAAAACAAAUAUUUCAGGUCUGUGACUGUGUUCUUGGAAUAAACUUUGAGAUGAAGGUCCAUUGAUGUGAAUCUGUAAUUUGGUGUCUCUCUCCACAGAUGCUGACUUUUCCGUUUUUAAAAAUAGUUAGUAUUUAUCAAGCAAAGACCUCUUUUCAGCCAGUGAAGCUGUGUUGGACUGUGUCCUUAGAGCUACAGAUUGUCAAUGAAAGGAAUAACACGAAUAUUUCUUCUCAUACAUUUUAGGACAAGUCAGACUGGUGUGGUUACAGUAAAGAAAGCAAUGCACCUUUGCUGUUUACCCAUAGGAGAUAGAUCUGCUUUGAUUGUCAUAGAGGUGACAUUACCUUUUUUGAAAACUAUAUACAUAUAUUAGAUUUUUAAUGUUUAAAUCGUUAUGUAUGUUAAAGUGCUAUGUAUGCUGAUGUAAAAUAAUAAAAUAGAUUAACUAAUACAAUUUGUGAGCUGCUUAGAGAGCAAAACAUGAGCAGGUAUACGGAGGGACAUAACCA